AUGGGGCUGGCGGCGGCUGCCCGGGGCGUGAUCCUGGUCCUGCCCUGCCCCCUCCUCCUCCUCAAGAGGCUGCCUGGUGGCUUCCGAACAGUCAUCCAGCACACCUACUGUGAGCACAUGGCGGUGGUCAAGCAGGCCUGCAGUGACACGACUGUCAACCGGGUGUAUGGCAUCUGUGUGGCCCUCUCAGUGGUGGUGCUGGACCUGGGGCUCAUUGCUGCCUCCUACACCAUGAUCCUCCGGGCCGUCUUCCGGCUCUCAUCAUGGGACGCUCGCGCCAAGGCCCUGGGCACCUGUGCGGCCCACACCUGCACCAUCUUGGUCUCCUAUGUGCCCGCCCUCUUCACCUUCCUGACCCACCGGAUUGGCCACCAUGUGCCUCCGUACAUCCACAUCCUGCUGGCCUGCCUCUACCUCCUCCUGCCGCCCAUGGUGAACCCCCUUGUCUAUGGGGUGAAGACCCAGCAGAUCCGCCAGAGGGUGCUUGGCCUUUUUGGCCAAGGGCAAAAGGGGCCUGCAAACCACUAG